UAUUCUUGCCGCGCCGGAAGUACCUACUGAGGAAAGCAUGGUGGUUACUCUGUUCUUAAGGUCCCGGUGAAUACUGUGUUCCACAGACUCGGAAGAAAAGUUGGACAAGCGUUCACUGGCGAUUGACAAAUAUUCGAGGUAGUUAAAAACAGCAGUUGGAACAUGGAUAGCCGAUUGCAGGAGAUCCGGGAGCGGCAGAAGUUACGACGACAGCUCCUCGCGCAGCAGUUGGGAGCUGAAAGUGCCGACAGCAUUGGUGCUGUGUUAAAUAGCAAAGAUGAGCAGAGAGAAAUUGCUGAAACAAGAGAAACCUGCAGGGCUUCCUAUGAUACCUCUGCUCCAAAUGCAAAACGUAAGUAUCUGGAUGAAGGAGAGACCGAUGAAGACAAAAUAGAAGAAUAUAAGGAUGAACUAGAAAUGCAACAGGAAGAAGAAAAUUUGCCGUAUGAAGAAGAAAUUUACAAAGAUUCUAGUACUUUUCUUAAGGGAACGCAGAGCUUAAAUCCACAUAAUGAUUACUGCCAACAUUUUGUAGACACUGGACAUAGACCUCAGAAUUUCAUCAGGGAUGUAGGUUUAGCUGACAGAUUUGAAGAAUAUCCUAAACUGAGGGAGCUCAUCAGGCUAAAGGAUGAGUUAAUAGCUAAAUCUAACACUCCUCCUAUGUACUUACAAGCAGAUAUAGAAGCCUUUGACAUCAGAGAACUAACACCCAAAUUUGAUGUGAUUCUUCUGGAACCUCCUUUAGAAGAGUAUUACAGAGAAACUGGCAUCACUGCUAAUGAAAAAUGCUGGACUUGGGAUGAUAUUAUGAAGUUAGAAAUUGAUGAGAUUGCAGCACCUCGAUCGUUUAUUUUUCUCUGGUGUGGUUCUGGGGAGGGGUUGGACCUUGGAAGAGUGUGUUUACGAAAAUGGGGUUACAGAAGAUGUGAAGAUAUUUGUUGGAUUAAAACCAAUAAAAACAAUCCUGGGAAGACUAAGACUUUAGAUCCAAAGGCUGUCUUUCAGAGAACAAAGGAACACUGCCUCAUGGGGAUCAAAGGAACUGUGAAGCGUAGCACAGACGGGGACUUCAUUCAUGCUAAUGUUGACAUUGACUUAAUUAUAACAGAAGAACCUGAAAUUGGCAACAUAGAAAAACCUGUAGAAAUUUUUCAUAUAAUUGAGCAUUUUUGUCUUGGUAGAAGACGCCUUCAUCUAUUUGGAAGAGAUAGUACAAUUCGACCAGGCUGGCUCACAGUUGGACCAACGCUUACAAAUAGCAACUACAAUGCGGAAACAUAUGCAUCCUAUUUCAGUGCUCCUAAUUCCUACUUGACUGGUUGUACAGAAGAAAUUGAGAGACUUCGACCAAAAUCACCUCCUCCCAAAUCUAAAUCUGACCGAGGAGGUGGAGCUCCCCGAGGUGGUGGAAGAGGUGGAACUUCCGCUGGCCGUGGACGAGAAAGAAAUCGAUCUAACUUCCGAGGAGAAAGAGGUGGCUUUAGAGGGGGUCGUGGAGGAGCACACAGAGGUGGCUUCCCACCUCGGUAAUUGUUGAAGACAUUGAUCCUGUUCAUGCUCCUCUAACCUUCUUUAGUGUAGUUAAAUUUCAAGUGGGAGACUUAACUUUAGAAUGCACUUGCAGCUUGCACUUUGCUUUAAUUUCUCUGAGCUGCAGGAAUGUCUUAGCCAACCUCGCUUGCAGUUGUCACACACACUGUAUAGUUUUUUUCAGGAUAAAUGAAUGAUCCUGGCUUUUGUUAUGUGCAUGAACAGAAUGGAACAACUCAAGUAGCUUCAUCUUUGGAGACUGAAUUUAUUCUGAUAGAGUUCAACAAAUUACAAAGGGUUUUGCUAAUUUUUAGAAAUAAACAAUGGAAAAAGAUCCAAUCUGUGGUGUCAUGCUAGUGCUGACAGGAGCUGGUAAUGCACAUCCUGUCACUGCUGCCAUAACAAAUGGGGAGCUGUUUGGGAGCCUUGAUAGAAUAGAGUUGGAACAGAUGGUAAGCUUCUGUCAGGGUUUUAACAUUUUCUUGAUGAAACAAUAAAAAGAGGUAAGCUUUUUUAUUUCCUUCUUUUUAAAGUCUUAAAUAAACUCAGAUAUAAUUUGAAUACCGAAGAAAUUAAAGAGACUUUGAACAAAACCACCUCUUCCCAAAUCUAAACCUGAUAGGGGAGGUGGAGAUUCCAGGAGCAGUUGAAAGAAGAGAUACAACUUAGUAGACAGACUUAAAAAAAAACAAAAAACAAAAGUUCAUCAUCAUAAUCUCAGUUUUGUGGCUAUGACUCUUAAUCAUGCUUCCUAAGAAGCAAAGGAGGACAAAUAUUCAUGUGCUAGAUAGAACUCUGGUGUGGACUUGAACUUGGAUUGACCUUAAAGUAAUUUUAUAUUCCUCAGCAAAAUAAAUGAGAGGCAAGAACAGGAUACCUCACUAUCAGAUGCUUGGUUUAACAUUUUGGGACUAAAAUACUUGGUGAUGAAAUGACAUACGCCUUUAAACAUGUUAUGGAGACAGUUUAAUAUAAAACCAACUACAGAAAACUUUCAACUUAAGGAUACAGCUUGGAAAUUGGAACUGCAGUUGCCUUUUAUUAAACCCAUAUGGUGUAAUAUUUGUUUUUAAGGACUUCUUGUGCAGAUGAGUUAGUUAUAUAAGACUUGAUGCUGUCAUUUCUCUUGCUAUACUGUAAUUCAUGGUUUAAAUGAAUUUGAUAAUGAAAUAAUACCAUUAUUGUUGAUGAAUAGUUUUCUUAUUUUUAUGAUUUUUCUAAUGAAACUUUAAACUUUUA